CCCCCUCCCACCGACAAAUAAUAAUAACGCUCUCCAAACCCCGACUCCUCCUCGUCUCUCUCUCUCUCUCUCUCCCCCCUCCUCCUCUUUGGUAAAACCCUCUCUUUUACCCCAAUCUCGCAGCAAAUCAAAUGCUCCCCACUCCUCUCGAUCCCUAGGGUUUAGGGUUUCCACCUCGCCACCUCUUCUCCCCCUUCCCCAAAGUCGAUCCGAAGCCAUGGCGUCGUCGUCCUCGCCGCCGCCGUCGUUGUCGUCGUCGUCGUCGUCGUCGUCGGGGUUCUUCGCGAUAUGCGUGCUGCACGCGGCGGUGGCGGCGGCGUGCGGGGCGCUGAUGAUGUUCUACGUGGACGAGGCGGCGGCGUUCGGGCACGGGCGCGAGGCGGCGCGGCGGCUCCGGGGCUCGACGCCGCGCGACCGGCUCCUGAUCGAGACCUCCGACUCGUUCGCGGGGCUCCUCCUCUUCGCCAUCGGGCUCCUCCUCUUCAUGGUCGCCUUCGUCCGCGACCGCGAGUUCCAGGCCUUCUUCGCCAAGGGCUGCGUCCUCCUCCACGCCGCCGUCGCCCUCUGGCGCCUCCUCUUCGAGCGCCGCCUCGACGACCUCGCCCGCGACCUCCCCCGCCAGCUCGUCGGCGACCUCGUCCUCGGCCUCUCAUGGAUCCUCUUCCUCAUCUACUCCUGGCGCGAGAAGUACGACUGAUCCCCUAAUUCUCUCCCCCACCCCCAUCACCCCGUCGCGGCCACCGCCGCCGCCGUAGGUAUGAUCCUACUUGUAAAGCUUUCUCCCUUUCUUUUUUCCUUUUUUUUUUUUUACCCGUCAAUUAUCGCCCGUAAAAGUUAAGGAGAAUGAGGUUUAUGAGCUCCUGAUGCUGUAUCUUUCACCCAAAAAAAAAAAAAGAAAAAAGAGAGCUUUUUUUAAUAUCAAAUGGUAGUUGGAUGGUUUGUUUUAUUUUAUUGAGUACUCUUGAUUAAUUGGUGGAGUUUUGGUUUGGGAAAAGUGCGUCUGAUGAUAUGUAAGUAUGUGAAUUAAGUGCUAUAGCGAAAUUUUAUGAUGUAUUAUCAUCUCCCAUAAGCCAAUUGGCAACUGAUUAUGCGUGUACUUGUAGGAGUUGAAUUACUUGGCAAAUUGAUUCGAUUUUAAUGUUAUUUUGAUUGCGGAGGAUCAUUUUCUUCUGCAUUUUGUUGUC